AACUAAGCCCAUUUUAUCAUCAAAACAGAUGCAUCUAAUGUAAACAUGAAAGAAAAAUGCCCUCAAGUAAAAUGUUUCUGUUUUCAGUUUUAAUACAUGAAGAAUCUGAAAUUUCUAAUGAUUUGUCCCAAUUAUUUUGAAAAAAAAAUUGCUCCAGCUCUCAUUUCUUCAGUUCUGCUGCAGUGAUUUUAUACUAUUUUGAAUCUAACAUGGUAGCGUCGGAGAACGAUGCUAAACAUGGGAUUUAUAAUUCAAAUUGUUCCAUUUUUGUUUUAAAAAAUACUUGUUGCGCUAUUAAAAAUCAUUUCAAAAAAGAUAGAACAAAAAUCAGUUGCAUCCAAUCCAUAAUAUCCCUCCUGUCCUUUGCUAUCCUUAUACUUUCAUUGAUUGAUGAUGUAGAAUCAUCGAGCCAAAAUUGUCAUUCGAAACAUAAUAAGCAAAAAAACGAAACGAUAGCCGCAUUCUCAGCAGGAGAAAAAACAGAUUUGGCUAAAAUUGUGCAAUCAGAAGAUCAUGAUUGGAAUCUUUGUCUUAGCGCUGGCUGUGUAGCAAGUGCAAAUGCGGUAUUAGAUAACAUGAAUAGAAAAUUGGAUCCAUGUGAUAACUUCUACGAGUUCGCAUGUGGGAAAUUUGUGGAAGAAACAAGGAUACCGGACGAUAAAUCUUCAGUGACGGCUUUCAGUGUCAUCGACGAUAAACUGCAAGAGCAGUUACGAGACAUCUUGGAUCAACCUAUAUCGCCACAGGACAUCAAGCCUUUCGUUUAUGCAAAGAACCUCUUCAGCUUAUGCAUGAAUAGAGCUCUGAUUGAGAAGAAAGGUGCGAGCACAGUUUCGAGUUUAUUGAAAGAGGUUGGCGGUUGGCCAGUUGUGGAGGGCUCCAAUUGGAAAGAGGCCGACUGGGAGUGGAAGAAGAGUGUCUACACAUUCCGAGAGAAGGGCCUUGGUAUCGAUUACUUCUUGGGCAUCUCUGUCGGACCUGAUCUUAAAAAGUCAACAACUCGACGAAUUAUUUUUGAUCAAGCUGCACUUGGACUCAAUCGAGAAUUCUUAGUCAAGGGUCCAAGUGAUAAACUAGUCGCGGCUUACUAUGAUUACAUGGUGGAUAUUGCUGCAUUGUUUGGAGCUGACAAGAACGCUGCCAAAAAUGAGCUGAGAAAGUCUCUCGAUUUCGAAAUUAAUCUGGCCAAUAUAUCUUUACCGCGUGAAAAGCGAAGAGAUAGAAACGCCUUAUAUGAUGGCAUGACACUGCCUCAUUUGAAAGAGAAGUACCCUAGCAUACCAUGGGAAGAAUAUUUGAAAAAUCUUCUACCAGGAAACAUUCAGCUUAAACGAAAUGAGUGGAUUAUUACAUAUGAUCGAGUAUUCAUUCAAAAGCUGGAAGCAUUGAUGAAAAAUACUCCAAAAAGAGUACAAGCCAACUAUGCUUUUUGGAGAGUGGCGAGAGAAUCAGUGAGAUACUUGUCGGAUGAUUUCCGCAGACGUCAGCUGAAAUACGGCGCAGUGCUCAGUGGUCGCACCGAAGCCGGCUCCAGGUGGAGGGAGUGCACUCAAUUCGCUUCUAGCGGGUUGACACUUGCAGUUGGAUCACAGUAUGUCCAAAAAUUCUUCAAAGAAGACUCGAAAAAGAUUGCCGUGGAAUUGGUUCGCCGAGUCCGCAUGGAGAUGUACAAAACUCUAGAGCAUGUUGAGUGGAUGGAUGAGAAAACCAGGGCUACCGCUUUAGAAAAGGCAAAGGCGAUGACAACACACAUUGCUUAUCCAGAUGAGCUACUAGAUGACAAAAAACUGAUUGAAUUUUAUAAAAAGCUUGAAAUUGGCACAGAUGAUUAUUAUGUAGCAGCACUCAAUAUGACAAAAUUCGCUACAGAAUUCAGAUUUAGCCGUUUGAGAGAUCCUGUAAACAAGACAGAAUGGAUAGCACAUGGGAGGCCAGCAAUUGUCAAUGCUUUCUACAAUUCAAUUGAAAAUUCAAUUCAAUUUCCUGCUGGAAUCCUACAAGGAGUAUUCUUCAAUAAGAAUCGUCCACACUAUAUGAACUAUGGAGGGGUUGGCUUCAUCAUAGGACAUGAAAUAACUCAUGGAUUUGACGACCAGGGAAGACAAUUUAACAAAGAUGGUAACCUAGAAGAAUGGUGGCAACAAGAGACGAAGAAAAAAUACUUGGAAAAAGCAAAGUGCAUAAUCGAUCAGUACGGAAACUAUACCGCUACCCAAGUGAAUAUGAAGUUGAAUGGUAUUAACACACAAGGUGAGAACAUAGCUGAUAACGGAGGUAUAAAACUGUCGUACUACGCUUACCGUGAGUGGGUGCGACAGAACGGCCCUGAGCCAAGGCUACCCGGCCUACAGAUGUUCUCACCUCAGCAAAUGUUCUGGAUCAGCGCAGCCAAGUCGUGGUGCUUAAAGAUCAAGGAUGAAGAGCUGAAGAUGCGUAUCACAACCGGAGUCCACUCUCCUGGCGAGUUCAGAGUCAUCGGCCCGCUCUCAAAUCUCAAGGAGUUUGCUCAGGAUUUCGGUUGUCCCACUGGAUCAAAAAUGAACCCACAACAUAAAUGCACUGUUUGGUAGUUAGCCAACGAGAGAAAGAGUACAUCACAAGGAAUUUUGUGACAUUAUGAGAGUAGCAAGCAUUGAAAUAGAGUUUCCUGAUCAAAAGAUUCAUUGAGUGUCAUUGGGAAAAAAAUUGUUUCUGAAGCAUCACAAUAAAUUUUUAUUCAUAUAAAGAAAUAAAACAUACGGUAUCUAGUAGAAUUCAGCUAAAUUCAGCUAAUAUCAAAAGUGAGCAUUUGAUAUAAUUUGUUCUGCAAAAAUUAUAAUAAAAAAUCAACCUAUGUGAAAACCUUGUAUAAAAUGAUUGGCACGAUCUCAACAAAUCAAAUACUGCUGAACUCUCAAUGGCACUACGUGUUACGUAGUUUAAUUACCAUUGAUUUGCAAAAUGUGAGCAAUAAACAAACAA